UCUGGAUGGUCAGACCCUGAUGGUGCUAGUCAAUGCAGUCUACUUCAAAGCAGAGUGGCAGAAACAGUUUAAUAAAAUGAACACUGCGCCCAGAGGUUUCUACACGGAUGCUGGCCCCGCGACUAAUGUUGAUAUGAUGCAGAUACAGAGCAAAUUUAAGUACGCAAUGAGGUACGAUUUGGAUGCACAGGUCCUCGCCCUUCCUUAUAAGGGAAACAAAUUCAUCAUGCUUGUAUUUCUACCAAGACAAGCAGACGGUUUGAGGAACCUUGAGAGUAAACUUGCAGAGUUAAAUCUGAGAGAUGUCACCAGUAAUAUGUACGAAAAUGAUGUACUUGUCUAUUUACCUAAGUUCAAAAUGGAGUAUAAGAAAGAGCUUAAUGAACCAUUGCAACAGCUUGGUAUGACCGACAUGUUCAGCGAGCUCAAGGCGAACUUCACUGGAAUUACCAGAAGGGAGCCGCUACACGUGAACAUGGUCUUGCACAAGGCUUUCAUCGAGGUCGGCGAAGAAGGAACGGAGGCAGCGGCUGCUACAGUUGUUAGUUUCUCAUCAGUCACAUCUGUGGGAGGUGGGCGUUCGGAGCAGAUCGUGUUUAAGGCCGACCACCCCUUCCUGUUCUUCAUACUGCACGAGCAGACGCGACUGGUUCUCUUCGCCGGACGUUACUCCUCGCCGCCUCCUUAACUACUCAAUAAUGGCUGCUUAUCGUGUCCUGAAGAAUUUUCUUACCCGAAGAUCUCUAGCAUGGAGGCGGCCAAUCUGCGUGGCUAAUUUGCGUAACUAUCUGAAAGUAAAUCGACAAACACUGUUCUCAGUGUGGUGCCUCUUUGUAUAUCCAUUUUAUAUGUAUAAUAACAGAUUAAAAUGCUGCCGAAUUACAAAA